CUUCUGCUGGCGUCGAUGAUUCCUGGAGAAGAAAAGACAGUUAGUAUCUAGUGUUUGCUACUCGUAGUCACGCUAUCUGAAUGAUUGCAACAUACCCAUAUCCGCCGCCUCCUGCUCUCUGAAGCGGAACAGCAUUGACUGUGCCUUUUCACUAUUUCGCGCCAUCUUUAUAUAUUCAGCUCUGCGCACUCUAUACCUGUUGCUGGCUUUGUUGAUAAAUACGAGGUUCCUGACUGCGAAGUAAAACCUCCAUCGCGAUGCCCUUGCCCCGCGAGAGAGGCUUUCUUCCUUUAAAUCUUAUUUCAUUGUCUGCCAUCGCCGUCUUCAGCCCUGCGGUUGCCUUCUUUCCAUUCUCUCUUCCUCAUUCUCCAGCGCAUAUUUGCAUUCAGACUACCUCCAGCAUUAUUGCAUGAACAGAUGACGACCGACUCGGACACCGUUUCCUCGAGAUAUGUCCCGCUCACGCUCACGGGCCAUCUGCGACCGGUCACGCAUCUCAGUUUCUCGCCAUUAUAUGAAGAUCAGAGUUAUAUGAUUAUCAGCGCAAGCAAGGACGGAAAUCCAAUGCUCCGCGAUGGAAUCACUGGCGACUGGAUCGGAACCUUCUUUGGCCACAAAGGUGCAGUCUGGUCUGCAAACUUUAGCGCAGACGCACAUUACUCAAUCACCGCCAGCGCAGACUUCACAGCCAAAGCAUGGACCACAGAGACCGGCGAGCUGCUGUACUCGCUGCCACAUAACCACAUUGUGCGCACGGCGGCGUUCAUGCCCUCGCGGCAGUCGCCGCUGUUUGCCGUCACGGCCGGUAAUGAGAAGAAGAUCCGGAUAUGGGAUCUGAAUGUGCCGGACGGAGUGACUUGUAUGGAGUGGAUUGGGUCAGAGUCUAUUAUCCGGUGUGCGCUGUGGCUGGAUCAGAACACUGUGGUAACGGCCGGCGACGACAAGCAGCUGAAAUGGUGGGAUCUCCGGACAGCCGAGAAACUGAUUGAAGCAACGCCUCUCGACGGGCCGGUGACCCAGAUGGAAAACCGCGAAGGGUCGCUGACGGUCGCGGCCGCGUCGUCGAUCUACUUGUUUGACUGGACGAAGCGCGUACAGCUCAAGAAGGAGUCGCUCUCGUACAAUGCUUCGACGGCGUCGAUUCAUCCCAAGCGGACAAAGUUCGCGACCGGAUGUCCUGAUGAUACGUGGGUUCGAGUUCAUGACUUUGAAUCUGCAAAGACUCUUGAAACCUUGAAAGGACACCAUGGACCUAUCCAUUCGAUAUCUUACUCGCCAGACGGUCAAAUCUGUGCCUCGGGAAGCGAGGAUGGAACCAUCAGGCUCUGGAAGGCCGAGCCCGGGUCAUAUGGGUUGUGGAAUGAAAAGUGAUUUCGCUACAGCAUCAUGUAUAUAUAUAUAGUCGAUAUUUUUUCUUGCGUCAUGUAUUUCAUUACGAGU